AUGGUGAUAAAGCACGACGCUACAAACUCCCACUCGAGUAGUAGUAGCGAUGACCCUAACCUUGACCAUGAGCACCCCCGCCAGAAGUCUUGCUAUAACAAGGAGGACGACGAUAGUAGUGGAAAUGGUGGCGCAGAUAGUAAGACUGGUGAGUCUGGAGAGUCUGGUGGAGAAGAUGGUGAGACUGGUGAGGGUGGAGACGUAAUGGAUGUCGAUGAGGCAGUUGGCGACGGUGACGAUGCCGGUAAACAGAACAAGCCUGCCCUGUCAUCCAUUCUCCAUCAUCUUUAUCUAUCAUUUCCAACCUCUCAUUCUCUCCCUUCUAACCCCUCUUUCUCUCUUUACCUUUUUGAUCUCUCUUUCAUCCUCCCCUCUCCCCUCGUCGUAAGCACUCACGAAUACGAAGACGCAAGCUAG